CACGUCCAGCAGCGAGGAGAUGGGGCCGGCGCUCACCCCCAGCCCCGACCUGCUCCUGCCCCGCAGCGUCGCCGACAAGGAUCUCAGUCUACCCAAUGGCACACCUGUGGACACUUCUAGCCCAGCCUCCUCCUCAUCUCUCCUCAACAGACUGCAGCUGGAUGAUGACUUGGAUGGAGAAACUAGAGACCUCUUUGUUACUGUUGAUGAUCCCAAAAAACAUGUGUGCACAAUGGAGACAUAUAUCACAUACAGGGUUACAACAAAGACCACGCGAGCAGAGUUUGAUUUGCCAGAGUAUUCUGUCCGCCGGCGGUACCAAGACUUCGACUGGUUGAGAAACAAGCUGGAAGAGUCUCAGCCAACGCAUCUCAUUCCCCCUCUUCCUGAGAAAUUUGUGGUGAAGGGUGUUGUUGAUCGCUUUUCCGAAGAGUUCGUGGAGACGAGGAGAAAAGCAUUAGACAAAUUCUUGAAGAGAAUAACUGACCACCCAGUGCUUUCUUUUAAUGAGCACUUCAACGUGUUUCUCACAGCCAAGGAUCUUAAUGCCUACAAAAAGCAAGGAAUGGCAUUGCUGUCAAAGAUGGGGGAGUCUGUCAAAUACGUCACAGGAGGCUACAAAUUAAGAAGUCGGCCACUGGAGUUUGCAGCCAUUGGGGAGUAUCUAGACACAUUCUCUCUAAAGCUUGGUACCAUUGACAGAAUAGCACAGCGGAUUAUCAAGGAACAGCUGGAAUACUUGGUGGAACUACGAGAAUAUGGACCUGUUUAUUCAACCUGGGGAGGGCUGGAGGUUGAGCUAUCAGAGCCACUGGAAGGGGUGUCUGCCUGUAUUGGGAACUGCUGCACAGCUCUUGAAGAACUCAGUGAAGACAUGACAGAAGACUUCCUGCCUGUGCUUAGGGAAUAUAUAUUGUACUCGGAGUCGAUGAAGAAUGUGUUGAAGAAGAGAGACCAAGUUCAAGCGGAGUAUGAAGCAAAACUGGAAGCAGUAGCCUUGAAAAAAGAAGACCGUCCAAAGUGCUCUGAGAGGGUGGGGGAAUGUCAAGACCGAGUAGAGUGUUUCAAUGCUGACCUGAAAGCAGAUAUGGAGAGAUGGCAGAACAACAAAAGACAAGACUUUAGGCAGCUACUCAUGGGGAUGGCAGAUAAAAACAUCCAGUACUACGAGAAGUGCCUUACGGCGUGGGAAUCAAUUAUACCACUAUUGCAAGACAAGCCAGAGACCAAAUAAGAAGUACCUUCAUGGACAGUCUAGCACUUCUAUGCUCAGAACCACUAGACAUACUGGAACUGUAUGACGGACUCCUUUUGUCAAGUUAACUGAAAUGCCAGCUGCACUUAGGCUGGAACAGACGCUCUGAAAAUUAUUUGAAUUUUUUUCCUCACUUUCUGUGUUUAAACUGGGGUAUGUUUCAUCUUUUUGAGUUAUCUUGAAUGGUUCCUUCUUUAUCCUAUGGAGUAAUUGGGGGUUCAUAGUGAAAGUGC